ACGCGCCAACUACGCGUGUCCGCGCGCAGGUGCCGGGGGCGGCGGCGGCAACUCCGCAGCCGCUGCCCAGGAGGAGAGUUCGCGGCAGCUCGCGGGAUGCUCCUAGAUGCAAGAUGUGUCUCUGGCCAGCAGGAGGAAGGAAGAGGAAGUGAGAGCAGCGGCAGCCGGCGGCAGCGGCCGGCGACCCGAGUGUAAGUGCGUGCGUUCGGGCAGUGGCAGCGGGAGAGGAUGGGCACGAGAUAGAGGCAGAGCCACCGCCGUCCGCGGCUCCGAGAGGGGCGUCAGAGCCUCGGGCACCGGUCUACGGCUCCGUCCCUAGUGCUCCGGCCUCUGGGAGCCCUAGUCGCUGCGUCCUGAGACCCCAGGCAGGUGUAGACACGUGUGACGGUCCACGCAGUAGGACCCCUAUUUCUACCGGCUUUGGACUUCCUCCUGUCACACAAUGCCGCCGCCUUCGGACAUCGUGAAGGUGGCCAUUGAAUGGCCUGGUGCCUACCCUAAACUCAUGGAGAUUGACCAGAAAAAACCACUGUCUGCCAUAAUAAAGGAAGUCUGCGAUGGGUGGUCUCUUGCCAACCAUGAAUAUUUUGCUCUGCAGCAUGCUGAUAGUUCAAACUUCUACAUCACAGAAAAGAAUCGCAACGAAAUAAAAAAUGGCACUAUUCUUCGAUUAACCACGUCCCCAGCUCAAAAUGCCCAGCAGCUCCAUGAACGAAUACAGUCAUCAAGUAUGGACGCCAAGUUGGAAGCCCUGAAGGACUUGGCCAGCCUCUCCCGGGAUGUUACCUUUGCUCAGGAGUUCAUAAACCUGGAUGGCAUCUCACUCCUCACUCAGAUGGUGGAAAGUGGCACUGAACGAUACCAGAAGUUGCAGAAGAUUAUGAAGCCCUGCUUUGGAGACAUGCUGUCCUUCACUCUCACAGCCUUCGUGGAGCUGAUGGACCAUGGCAUCGUGUCGUGGGAUACAUUCUCAGUGGCGUUCAUUAAGAAGAUAGCAAGCUUUGUGAACAAGUCCGCCAUAGACAUCUCAAUCCUGCAACGGUCCUUGGCCAUUUUGGAGUCAAUGGUUCUCAAUAGCCAUGACCUCUACCAAAAGGUAGCUCAGGAGAUCACCAUUGGCCAACUCAUUCCGCAUCUUCAGGGGACAGACCAAGAAAUCCAGACUUACACCAUUGCUGUAAUCAAUGCACUUUUCCUGAAAGCGCCUGAUGAGAGGAGACAGGUUGAUGUAGAGAGCAAUGUUGACAUCCUUGAUUGCCCUCUGACUGAGAUGGCUAAUAUUUUGGCUCAGAAGCAGCUGCGCUACAUCAUUUUAACCCAUGUCAUCCGAGCACAGCGGGCCAUCAACAACGAGAUGGCACACCAGUUAUAUGUUCUCCAAGUGCUGACCUUUAACCUUCUGGAAGAUAGGAUGAUGACCAAGAUGGACCCCCAGGACCAGGCCCAAAGGGACAUCAUAUUUGAACUUCGAAGGAUUGCUUUUGAUGCAGAGUCAGAACCGAAUAACAGCAGCGGCAGCAUGGAGAAACGCAAGUCCAUGUACACUCGGGAUUAUAAAAAACUUGGCUUCAUUAAUCAUGUCAAUCCUGCCAUGGACUUUACACAGACCCCUCCCGGGAUGCUGGCUCUGGACAACAUGCUGUAUUUCGCUAAGCACCACCAGGAUGCAUAUAUACGGAUUGUGCUUGAGAACAGCAGCCGAGAAGAUAAGCAUGAAUGUCCCUUUGGACGCAGCAGUAUAGAACUGACCAAGAUGCUGUGUGAGAUCCUGAAAGUGGGCGAGCUGCCUAGUGAGACCUGCAACGACUUUCACCCGAUGUUCUUCACCCAUGAUAGAUCUUUUGAAGAGUUUUUCUGCAUUUGUAUCCAGCUCCUGAACAAAACAUGGAAGGAAAUGAGGGCAACGUCUGAAGACUUCAACAAGGUAAUGCAGGUGGUGAAGGAGCAGGUUAUGAGAGCGCUUACAACCAAGCCUAGCUCCCUGGACCAGUUCAAGAGCAAGCUGCAAAACCUGAGCUACACUGAGAUCCUGAAAAUCCGCCAGUCUGAGAGGAUGAACCAGGAAGACUUCCAGUCUCGCCCGAUUUUGGAACUAAAGGAGAAGAUCCAGCCAGAAAUCUUAGAGCUGAUUAAACAGCAGCGCCUGAAUCGCCUUGUGGAAGGGACCUGCUUUAGGAAACUCAAUGCUCGUCGGAGACAAGACAAGUUUUGGUAUUGUCGGCUUUCACCAAAUCACAAGGUCUUACAUUAUGGUGACUUGGAAGAGAGCCCCCAAGGAGAAGUGCCCCAUGAUUCCCUGCAGGACAAAUUGCCGGUGGCAGAUAUCAAAGCAGUGGUGACGGGAAAGGACUGCCCGCAUAUGAAAGAGAAAGGUGCCCUUAAACAAAACAAGGAGGUGCUUGAACUUGCUUUCUCCAUCUUAUAUGACUCAAAUUGCCAACUGAAUUUUAUUGCUCCUGACAAGCAUGAGUACUGCAUCUGGACAGAUGGGCUGAAUGCACUGCUUGGGAAGGACAUGAUGAGUGACCUGACACGAAAUGACCUGGACACCCUGCUGAGCAUGGAGAUCAAGCUUCGCCUACUGGACCUGGAAAACAUCCAGAUCCCGGAUGCACCUCCCCCCAUCCCCAAGGAGCCUAGCAACUAUGACUUUGUUUAUGACUGUAACUGAACUGGCUGGGCCCUGGACACAUUCCUCCCAAACUGGAAGAUCUAGCUAUCAGCAGAGAAGAGAGCAAACACAUCCACAUGUUGCGACCACCCUUUGGUGGAGUAGAAGCUGCAGGUCACUUCUUCCUUUGGCCUCAUUUUUAGCCCUCCCCCUCAACCCUUCCUGGCAUCUCACCAUCUUCUUAAAUCUAUUUCCUAACUCAGUGUUUUAGAUCCUUUCCCAUUGCUACAGCUCACUGAUGGGUCAUGAGCAAAAGUCACCCCUAGUAAGAAAGUCAAAAAGUCUUCUCAUUGUAACCAGCUAUGAGCAUAUCCUUCCUUCCUUCCUUCCUUCCUUCCUUCCUUCCUUCCUUCCUUCCUUCCUUCCUUCCUUCCUCCUUCCUUCCUCCCUCCUUCCUUCCUUCAAUCUUUCCUUCUUGCCUGGAGUAGGAAAACCAUUUAGUCCCAAGCUGCCCCAUAUUUGCUCACCAAACCAAGAGAAAUGCCUAAGGCCAGGGCUGGAUGAGAUGGCUCUGCUAGUGAAUAAGAAGACCAAAGGCCUCCUACCCCUUCUCUCCAGGGUCACCUCUCAUCAUCAGCUCUAUGUGAGUUGAGACCGCUUUCACGUUGCCUCUCUCCCCCUUCCCUGCCUUGGUCUUGCUUUGGUCCACUUUGGUCUCACAUGUAGCAGCAGCAGCCUCAUUGUAGUUCUCUACAGCAUCAGGUCUCCUAAACAGUCCAGAGUCCAUGCCUGUUCCUUGUCUGCACUGUGACCAUGACCAACCUCUCUAUCACACUGUCUAGUCGUGGGCCUCCUGUCCUUGCCCCAGCCCGGACCUGCCUUCUUUAUUUCUUCAAGCUCCCAGCCCUUAGCAGAAAGCACAAAUGAAGUCAGUAGUCCUGCUCCAUCUCUGAUAAACUAAACCUAACCGCCUCUAAGGCAGCUGUUGCUAUCCAACAGUUCUGUGUCACCUUCUCCCUGGGGCUCCUGCCACAACCCAGGUUCCCCAGGGUGGUCAAGCUGUCAGACAUCCAAGUUUACAUCGUUGUAAUUAUUAUAGGUCUUUAAAAUUUACAAGGGUUUGGGGUUAUUUUGUUUUGUUUUGUUGGCUUUGUUUUUGUAUAAAAGAGUCUAACAUUUUUUGCCAAACAGAUAUAUAUUUAAUGAAAAGAAGAGAUACAUAAAUGUGUGUACUUUCCAGCCUUUUUUUUAAUUAUUUUAACCCCAAACAUCUUCCUGAGAAUAACAUUCCCUUAAACAUGCUGUGGAAUAAAAUUAAAUGUGAUGAGUUGGG